CACAAAAAAAAAAAAAUCUCGAAGUAAAUAUAUUUGUGCAAAUAGAAAAUAAAAAUAAAGAAAAUCAACCCGAGGGAUAAAGCAAAGGCAGUUUCUCUCUUUUACAGACCAACACAAAAACCCACACACAGAUAAUCGAAAAAGCGAACGCAGGUGAAAACUAGCGACCAAAAAUGGCAGGAAUUUCUCAGGACUGGGAGCCGGUGGUGAUCCGUAAGAAAGCGCCCACCGCUGCCGCUAGGAAAGAUGAGAAAGCCGUCAACGCCGCCCGCCGUGCCGGGGCCGAGAUCGAGACCGUCAGGAAGUCUGCUGCGGGGACAAACAAAGCUGCUUCAAGCAGCACUUCUUUGAACACUAGGAAGCUUGAUGAAGACACUGAAAAUCUUGCUCAUGAGAAGGUCCCAACUGAGCUGAAGAAGGCCAUAAUGCAGGCUCGGAUGGAUAAGAAACUCACACAAGCUCAACUUGCUCAGUUGAUAAACGAGAAACCCCAGAUCAUACAGGAGUACGAAUCUGGGAAAGCUAUCCCCAACCAGCAGAUCAUUUCCAAACUGGAGAGGGCUCUCGGUGUGAAACUGCGUGGAAAGAAAUAAAUAAUUAAAAAAAAAUAGUUAAAUGAGGAAAGUGAAUCCUUUUCAUUGCCCUUCUGAGUUCUAAAAUGUGGUGAUGUACAUGAAAUCUUUGGUGUUUGUCCGUUUUUCUUCUGUUCACUCUUAUCGCUCGUGCACCGCUACUAUAAAGAGUGGUUUGGCUUUCCUUGUGAACUGUGGUGUGUUCUGUUGCUGGAAAUAGUAGAAAUUUGAGAGCAUUGGUACUAUACUACUAUGAAUCCUUUUAAUGAGUUGAAAGCAGCAAAUGAGUAUACUCAGAUCGCUGAGUUUUGUGAUAUUUGGUUUGUGUUUCUGCGCGCCCCUCCAGUGCGCAUUCUUAAUGGAGAUCGGUGCUUCU